ACUCGCGCGUGUAACUUUGACGGUGACGGACUGAGUCAUCACGUGCUUACUAUUCUCGUAGGUAAAUAACAAGAAGUUCAGAUUACAGCAUGGCUCCAGCACCGAAGUCAACGGCAAACCCCCAAAUCAAGUACACCAAGUUAUUCAUCAACAAUGAAUGGGUGGACUCUGUAAGCGGCAAAAAAUUCCAGACAGUUAAUCCUUCCAACGAAAAAGUUAUAGCAGAAAUUUCAGAAGCCGAUAAGGCUGACGUGGAUAUUGCCGUAAAAGCAGCAAGGGCAGCAUUCGAAAGGGGAUCUACGUGGAGAAAUCUCGAUGCUUCUGCGCGCGGAAGACUCCUUUACAAACUUGCCGAUCUUGUUGAGGAGAAUGUGAACGAGAUUGCCAGUUUGGAAUCAUUGGAUAAUGGGAAGCCGUUCAUUAAUUCUUAUUAUCAGACGUUGGAUGCGGCGAAUUUCCUUCGCUACUAUGCUGGAUGCGCUGACAAAAUUCAUGGAAAAACUAUACCGUCUGACGGCAAAGAAUUCACUUUGACGAGAAAAGAGCCGGUGGGUGUUGUGGGAGUAAUCAUACCAUGGAAUUACCCCAUAAUCCUGCUGAGCUUCAAACUUGGAAUGGCUUUAGCAAGUGGCUGCACAGUUAUCGUCAAGCCGGCUGAGCAAACACCCUUGACCGCACUCUACGUGGCGAGCCUUGUCAAGGAAGUUGGAUUCCCAGCGGGUGUCGUUAACUUCCUGUCGGGCUUUGGUCCUACUGCCGGUGCUGCUAUUUCAAGCCAUUCUAACAUUGAUAAAGUCAGCUUCACUGGCUCCACAUCCGUGGGAAAAUGCAUUUUGGAAGCAUCAGCAAAGUCCAAUUUGAAAAAAGUAAGCCUGGAAUUGGGAGGAAAGAGUCCACUGGUUGUGUUUAACGACGCAAAUCUGGAACUGGCUUUGAAAUACGCUGCUGAUGCACUUUUUGUAAAUGCCGGUCAAACGUGUAUUGCACCAACACGACUUUUUGUUCAAUCCGGAAUUUAUGAUAAAUUUGUAAAACGAUACGUCGAACUAGCCUCCAAAGUCAAGGUUGGAGACGCUUUUGAGCCUGAUGUUUUCCAGGGACCACAAAUCGAUACCACGGGAUUCAAAAAAGUACUGAGUUUGAUUGAAACUGGCAAAAAGGAAGGUGCCAAAUGCGAAAUCGGCGGUAAACGUCAUGGCAAUAUAGGAUAUUUUGUAGAACCAACAGUAUUCACGAAUGUAACGGACGAUAUGACGAUUGCAAAAGAAGAGAUAUUUGGCCCGGUUCAAAGUAUUUUUAAAUUUGAAACUCUAGAUGAAGUGUUGAAGCGAGCUAACGAUACAACAUAUGGCUUAUCGGCUGGCGUUUUCACUGAAAAUCUAAACGUCGCAUUAGAAUUCUCAAAGGGAGUACAAGCUGGCACAAUUUGGGUCAAUCAAUGGGGCGUCAUUCAUCCUCAAACUCCUUUUGGUGGUUACAAAAUGUCUGGAUUAGGACGAGAAUUGGGAGUCGAUUCGUUAGAAGAAUAUUUGGAAACCAAAACGAUAAACAUCAGUGUGCCCAGCAAUCACUAAUAUUUUAAGAUUGUUAUUUUACAUUAUUAAUGUUAGUUUUCUUUUUCAAGUAAUCUUGUAAAUGUUCUAUUAAUAGAAGAUUUUGUUACCAAUUGAAGUAAAAUUGUGAUUCUCAUACUUGGCCUAGAAUGAGUAGUUGAUACAGAAAAACAAAAAGUUGAACGUGGAAUAGGCUCUUUCUCUCUCGAUAGGUAAUAGGAAAAUGCGAGCGGCUAGGUCUGGUCUGACUCGUUAAACUAUGAUCAUCCAUAUAAGUUAGUGAAAGUAUUCAAGAUAAUUUUGUAUGUUUUAAACCUUGUUUUAAAAAACUGUACAAUCGUGCACAAUAAUCUGUAUUUUGUCAUUUUAUCAAAAUUCAAUUUAUAUCGGAAAUU